AUGAGAACAUGGCUUAUUCGAAGACAAUUUUCAUCAUUAUCAACAACCAAUCUCUCUUCUUCACAACUCACUCGUCUUCUUCAGCAUUGCAGCAACUCAAGAGCAUUAGCUCAAGCCAAACAAACCCACCUGCAAAUCAUACAAUCUGCGCUACAUCAGAACCCAUUUGUUAUCACCAAAUUGGUCCAAUCCUAUGCGGAAUGUAACCAUUGGGGUUAUGCCCAGAAGCUGUUCGAUGAAUUGCCUGAACCAAAUGUUUUUGCUUGGACUUCUCUCCUUGCAUUUCACUCAAGAAAUGGGCUUUUUAUUCAAUGUUUGCAGCUUUAUGGUGUAAUGAGAUUUAAGGGUGUGUUGCCUGAUCAGUAUAUUUUCCCUAAGAUUUUGAGGUCAUGUGCUCAGUUGUCAGAAAUUAAAACAGGGGCCAUGAUUCAUAAAGAAGUCAUUGUUUAUGGAGUUGAAUUAAAUUUGCAAGUUUGUAAUGGAUUGAUUGACAUGUACUCGAAAUGUGGGGAGGUUGAGAGUGCUAACCGAGUUUUCGAUAACAUGGCGGUAAGGGAUUUGCUUUCUUGGAAUGCAAUGAUUUCUGGGUAUGCAGCAAAUGGUUUUCUAGAGUUAGCAUUGGAGUUGUUUGGUUCAAUGAAGUUGAUGAGCAUUGAACCUGAUUUAGUCACACUGAAUACUGUAAUGGAUGCUUACUGUCGAAUCGGUUUAUGUGAUGAAGCUCUCAAACUAUUUGGGAAAAUUUUACAGCCAAGUGUUGUCUCUUGGACAACUCUGAUUUCUGGCUAUUCAAGAGUUGGAAAUCAUGUUGCAUCCAUGGGUAUGUUUAGAAACAUGGUCAAGUUUAUGGUUGAUAAACCUGAUUUAGAUGCUCUGUCUAGUGCAAUGGUAUCAUGUCGGUACUUAAGGGCGUUAAGAAACGGCCAAGAAAUUCAUGCCUAUGGAAUGAAAACUCAUUCUCAUUCUCAUCUCCAAUUCUACAACUCCUGUGGACCUGCAUUGUUAACAAUGUACUCCAACUGCAGUAGAGUUCAUGAUAUGAGAACUGUGUUUGAGCUAAUGGACAAACUCGAUGUAGUCACUUGGAACGCCAUGAUUCUUGGCUUGGUUGAUCUUGAAAUGGGAUUUUCAGCACUUGAAACCUUCAGUUUAAUGCAUAUGGUUGGUGUAAAGAAUGACCAAACCACGAUAACAACAAUCUUACCCGUUUGUGAUCUGAACUCUGGCAAACAAGUUCAUGCUUACAUUCUCAGAAACAACUUAGAGGUUCUGGUUCCUGUUUUAAAUGCUUUGAUCUGCAUGUACUGUAAACGCGGAUCUGUUAGUUCUGCUCACCUCAUUUUCUCCAAUAUGACUUGGAAAGAUUUAGUCUCAUAUAACACGAUGAUUGGAGGGUUUGCAAUGCAUGGAAAAGGAGAUUCUGCACUUCAAAUUCUAAAAGAAAUGAUAUCUUCUGGUUAUUCUCCAAACUCUGUAACCUUAACAUCGAUUCUCUCUGCUUGUAAUCACUCUGGUCUUAUUAAAGAAGGGGUUGAGGUAUAUUACACCAUGAUUAGAGAUUUCGGGUUGGUUCCUAAAAUGGACCAUUUUGCUUGUCUAGUCGAUAUGCUAGCACGUGCUGGUCAGCUCAACGAGGCUAUUGAUGUUGCUGCGAAGAUGCCAAUCGUGCCUGAUAAGCAUAUAUGGGGGACUCUUUUAGCUGCUGGUCAAGUGCAACAGAAUUUGGAGGUUGCUAAGUUGGCUGCUGAAAAGCUAGUUAGUUUAGAACCUGAAAAUGCUGGACAUUAUGUAACAUUGUCGAAUAUAUAUACCGAUGAUGGAAGAUGGGAUGAUGCGAUGAGAGUAAGAAGGUUGAUGGAAAGUAGAGGGUUGAUGAAACUGAAAGGGAGUAGUUGGAUUGAAGGAGGAAAUUGA